AUGUAUUGUCCAUAUGCUAGAAAGGAUACCUCCUGCAUCACAUUCUGCACUCAAGAUCAAGUAAAGAAUAAAGCCAUAGUCUCCUGUGCUAACUUCGGUGGCAGACUGCUCCCUGUUGAUUCAACCACUCUUGCAUUAGGAUCCCAUAGAGUCAACAAGGAGAAUUCUCAACAAAGUGGAACAACAGGUUGGGAGAUAUUGGUUAAUGAGUUGAAUACUCACAGUUCAUCCGCUAUUCAACUCAUCAGGGCUAGCUCCAAUAAUAAUCACUUUUCCGGCUUCUCUGCCGUAAUGUCAUAUGCACCGUCUGCACUUCUCACACUGCCAUCUCCUCUUUAUUAUGCAGUAACCUACUCUACAACCCAGCCUCCAAAUUUAGAAACUGCCAACAAUGCCCACUCAAACAUUGAAACAUAUGAAACUAUUGACCCGUUGAAAAGGACGAAACUCAUCUGUCUCCCUCCUUCCCAUACUUAG